AUGAAGAAGGAUGCCGUCCUAUCUCACUUUACUCUUCGAUCUGACGGUAAAUACAACUGCAAUACUUGUCAUCAGUCUAUAUUGAAACGUGUACCAGCUGUUGCUUUUACUGCAGACAUCUGGAAGAGUGGUGCCAGAAAAUAUUACAUUUCUUUAACUGCUCAUAUGUUUGAUGAAGAAUUUACAGUUGCACCACUCGUGUUAUCUCUACGACAACUUACUGAACGUCAUCUCGCCGUCAAUAUUCAAUCGUUUCUUAUGUUUGAACUUGAUGAAAAAUUUCAAAUUAGGCCUGAACAACGAGCUGGAAUAACAACCGAUUGUGCACGUGAAAUGGUUGCAGCAACAUCACAUGGUUUAUUCGGUCCAAGACACGCUUGUAUAGCACACGUGUGGAACAAUGUUGUCAUAAAUGGUCUUUCCUUAUGGUCACCACCAAACGUUGAAAAAUUUCCAAUUGAUGAAGCGUCCAUCAUCAACAAUGAAUCGAUUCAUAGUAUUGGUGGUGACGAGGAUGAUUUAUUGGACGACGAAGACCAAUAUGCACAACAAUUGAACGAUGAAGAAACACAAGAAAAUAUUCAUUUGGCUUCAUCUCAACAUGAUCAAAUUCAACCAACCGGAUCCACAGUUGUGGUGCUCAACAAGAAAAUAAGUCGACCAUUUCAAGAUGAAUUCUUAAGUGAAGAUGAUGAACCAGUUAUGAUUCAACCAGAAACUCGACUAAUUACUCUUGUUGGUCUUCUUGAACGUGUUUUCAAUUUUCUUAGCCGAUGCCGUCAACUGAUACAAGACAUGCGUAAUAUUGGUGUUGUUCAAACAUACAUAUCGAUGGAAAUUGGGAACGGACGUGGUUUUACAGUUGAUAUGGUCAUUGCAGCAUUUCUUGAUCCAGAAACACAUAACGAUAUGAACGAAAAUAAUUUUGCUAAAGCAAUGGAAAUCGUCAAACAAAAGAUCGGUAAAAUAUCGACAACUACAUCAACAACAGCAAGUACUGUAUCUCGUUCAUCACCAGCAUCUUAUUCAGUUCUCUCAAAAAAAGAUACUGCCAAACAGUUGAUGAAUCGAUUAGCUGGAAUUAAUACGAACCAAACGAAUGUCAGAUCAAUGAGUGCUGAUGUUGAAAUUUCUUUAUUCUCAAAUGCAAUCAAAACAAAACAAACUUUCAAGGAAUUUUGA